AUGUGUACCGAGAGUGGGAGGAAGUGCCAAGGGUAUGAGACUCCUAUGGACGGGAGGACCCGCGAGGCUAGGGACAUGCGAAUGGUGAAUGGCCACAACGUCGUCCCCGUGCCCCGGCACCAGCAGCUAGCACCGGGCGCAGGCUUGAUUUGUUUGACGGAUGGAAGCCAGGUUGGCCUAUCAUCAAUGGAACGCCAUUAUUUGAAUUCUUUUCGUUCUCACACUUCCGUUCAAUGUGCUGGUCUCGCAUUCGAUCCUUUUUGGCAAAUCCUCGUUCACCAAGCAAGUGAAACCCACCCAGCGGUGCGCCACUCUGUCAUUGCUAUUAGCGCUUUACAUCGGCAAUUUUUGGAUCCGACCUCACAUCGAACUGAUCUGUUCCCAAUAAAGCAAUGCAAUAAAGCAAUCGGCCAUCUCCGCGCUGGAAUCCGGAGCAAUGCACACCUGGAUUCAUCGCAGACUGAAAGGAUACUAAUUGCAUGCGUCGUUCUCAUUACUUUCGGACUCCUUCAAGGAGAUGUCGAGGCAGUCCGCUGUCAUCUUCAAUCUGGAACCAGGCUGUUGUAUGAGUGGAGAAAAACGAAUGGCAAGAGGAGCUCGCUUGCCUCGGUUCUUCUACAUACCUUCGUGCAGCUCCACAUCCACUGGGCAAAUGUCACAGCGUUUAGAGGAUAUAUGCGCGGGGAAUAUCCAUACCUUGGAGAACUCCUGUCAGAUAAUCUGGCGGAUAUCUCUGAUUUUGCGGAUGACGACGAGCAAGCAAGGACGACGCUUUUGCUAUCCAUUCGAGCUUGGAUGGUAAUGAUCAACAACUUCACUCAAUCCAAGGGUAAAAGCACCAUCGUUCAUAGAAUGGAAGAUUUUCUGUUAGGUGCUCCGUCAACGGAGACCAAUGACUUCCGAUCUCAACUCGAGCACUGCGUGGCGGCCGGGAAAGCAUCUUCUCCCAUUGAGCAGCGGGCACUGCUAAUGGUCAAAAUCAACCGCGAAACAUUAUGGAUCCUGAAUACUGCCGCCGCGAACUUCGCAGGAGAUGAAAUGGGAUGGGAUACCCUUCUCUCACAUUUCAAAGUCAUCGUUGAUACAGCGGAAGAACUUCUAUCAUCAUUCGAACAACUACCAGAUUUCUCUUUCUCGGCAAAGGAAGGAUUUAUGGGGUCUUUGAUGCUUUGUGGCAUCAAAUGUCGGGAUUGGACCAUACGUCAAAGAUUGAUGAGUCUCUUCCAAAAAUAUAACCGGCGAGAAGGCGUUUCCUCAUCUGCUCAAUCCAUCGCCCUGCUGAAACGAAUCUGUCAGCUUGAGAAUUCUGGGACAUCACCCGAACAGGUGGUACCCGACUGCGAUCGUAUCACCAUGGUGAUCGUGGAGGAACAUGCGAAUCAUUCCCACCGUGUCCCAAAAGUCCGAUUCAGGUAUCAGGACCGCAAUAGAGAAUGGCAAAGUGAGAGCUUGGAACUUUGA